ACUGACGCCAAACAACAACACAAAAAGUGAGACAGAAAUAAUUUGCUAAUGCUGAAUAGUUUCGCAUGACUGAGGGCAAUUAAAUGAAAAGAGGAGAAAGGAAAGAUUGCUUCAUUGUUUAUGAAUAAUAAUCCCUGAAAUUAAAUAAAAUCUACUACUGAGUGGGUUCCUCAAAACAUAAACGAGCGAAAGAGACCUAACUUACUCGAUCAGGUAAAUCAUCGAGGAGCUCCUCGGACACGAAUGGAAGCGGCAUCGCUCAACUAAACCCUAGACUCUCAAUCAACAUCCAAACGCAAAGAACAGGUGGAACAGAAAAGAUGCCUAUUCUCCAAUUUGGGCUUGACGACUCCCCAAAACCCGUCCAGACCCCGAAGUCGAAGCCAAGAGCUAGUAGCGGUAUUCCAAAUGGGGUGGUCAGAAAACGAGAGACAAUCAAAAGGGAAGUAGAAGACGAGUCCGAGCUCGGUUCACCAGCAAAGAAAAGCAAAGAUAGUACCGCAACUGCCCAUCUAAUCGUUGGCAUUGAUUUUGGUACCACAUAUUCAGGCGUUGCUGUUGCGCAUUCCGAGUUUGAUCGUGAGAAAAUCUAUAUCAUUUCAGCCUGGCCAGGGAAUGUAGAGGUCAGAUAUAAGGUCCCCACGAUGAUCGACGACAAAUCAGAAAACUCGAACUAUAGGGGAUGGGGUUAUGCCCUAUCAUCCACAACGCACUGCUCAUCAUGGUUCAAGCUGCACAUGGCUCCGGACAACACAUUAUCUAAAAAUGAUGACCCCCUUCUAUCCCAGAGUGUGGGCCCUAGCUUAUUGAGAAUCCCGGACGGGGAAACUCCAGAGAUUCUGUGCGAAGAAUAUCUUCGACGCCUUUAUAAGCACGUCAUGGGGAGGCUUAGCACGAUAUAUGGGCAGUCAAUUGUGGAUAUGCUACCAGUAAAGGCGGUAUUGACAAUCCCAGCGGACUGGGAUAAGAAGUAUAAAACAACCUUAUGUGAAGCCGCACACCGUGCAGGCAUUGCAACCGGAGAGAACGACUCAAUCUUAACGAUCGACGAACCGGAAGCCGCUGCUCUCGCUGCAUUCGAAACCAGCCUGGGGAAGAAACACAGUUCAAUUUUCAAGGUAAACAACAAUGUUGUGGUGGUUGAUAUCGGCGGGGGAACGAUCGAUAUCAUAACCUACAAAAUUGUUCGGACAAAUCCCCUCGAAGUAGGAGAGGCCUGUACAGGAACUAGCGCAAAGUGUGGGGCUACCAUGAUUGAUCGCGAACUGCAUCGACUCAUGGGAAUAAAAUACGGAUCUGCAUUUUCCAACCUCCCUGCCAAAGAAAUAGGUCAUGGUAGCGAGUUUAUGGCGGACAUCGAAAUAAUCAAGAGGAGCUUCACAGGCCACGGCGACGAACACAUAAAAGAGCACCUGAUCCGUCUUGUUAUGAACAUUAACGAUGCUGCCGGUGAGGAACUUGCGCAAAUUUUUGACAAGGUCAUAAGCCGCGCCUUCGAUAUGGUCUCCGAACAAAUCGAAAUGGCUCGAAAAAAUAAUGAUAAUCCCGUGAACUUAAUAAUACUUUGCGGCGGCAUGGCCGACUCCCAAUACGUUCAGGAGCAGUUUAAAGAAUUCUGCCAGAACAAACUGGACAAGAAAGUCGAUGUAAUUGUACCAGACGAAGCUUGGCCGGCCAUUGCAAAAGGAGCGGCACUCCACGCUUUGGGACAAUCGAUAGUGGAGAGCCGCAAAAGUAGAUGGUCCUAUGGCAUCGGCGUGCAUAGAGCUUUUGAUUCCAAACGUGAUAACGAGGAAGAUCAAUACAAAUGUCCUAGCAGGGGAGAGCGAGUUAAAGGAUAUGUUGAAUGGUUCAUUAAACGGGGCGAAAGCGUCAAAGACAAGGUGAAAUGGAUCCACGGGUACAUCGUGAUGCGAAAGGGUAGACAGCUGAGAGACACAGUUGGCGAUUUGGUGUUGUACAAAUCCAAGAGUCCAACCCCAGGGAAUAAAAUUGAUGACCCAGAUGUCGAAAAGUUGACGACCCUUAGCAUUUGCAUUCCGGCUCGGAACUCGCAGGCCGACAAAAGUGUGAGGGUCGGGCACAUAAUCUUGGUGAACGAGAAGAUGGUGAAGUUCGAAGCCAAAUGCGGAAACAAACAGAUCGGGCUCAAACAGACUGAUUAUGAAGAUGACAAAAUAUAAGCUAGAUAGACAUCUUACCCGCGCGCUGGAAUCCAGUGGGAAUAGAUGGAGGGAGGAAAAAGGGGUUGGUUGUUGGUUGUCGUGAUAAGAUGCGGCGGGAUCGAAGCUCGAUUAGGGU